CAGGAAUGAGUACAAGUACUUCCAGAGAAUGACGAGCACGUCCCGUGUGGAAGGUAAACAAAAUGCAGUGAUCAUGGGUAAAAAAACGUGGUUCUCCAUUCCUGAGAAGAACCGUCCUUUGAAAGACAGGAUUAAUAUUGUGCUCAGCAGGGAGCUCAAGGAAACCCCGAAAGGAGCGCAUUAUCUUUCCAAAAGUCUGGAUGAUGCUCUAGCUCUUUUGGAUUCACCAGAGUUAAAAAGCAAAGUAGACAUGGUUUGGAUCGUGGGAGGCACUUCAGUGUACAAGGCAGCAAUGGAGAAGCCAAUUCAUCAUCGAUUGUUUGUGACAAGAAUCUUGAAAGAAUUUGAAAGUGACACAUUUUUUCCAGAAAUUGACCAUAAAGACUACAAGCUUCUAACGGAGUACCCAGGUGUCCCUGCUGAUGUCCAAGAAGAAAAUGGUAUCCAGUACAAAUUUGAAGUGUAUGAAAAAACUGUUGUGGCGCAAUAAGGGAGGCAUUUUGUACUUCAGUGUAAGGGCAGGUAUUUGAAACCAUGAAGUUUUACUGAGUGUAAAGAUACAUUAAAAUUUUGAAGAAAAUCAUGCCUGAUGGUAAAACACCUCAGUAGUGAAUGGUUCCAAAAAGCACACCCCACACUUUGAAGACACACCCUGCAGAAGGGAGUCUGAGGAAUUGCACAGCAAAGGUUGCAGGAGACCUUUCACUGAUCUUAGAAUCCGACAAUUCCACGGAUAAGGAAGGGCAUUACACUGUGUCAGAGCUUUUCUACUGAAACAAAGGGUUUUAGUAUCUCUCUCCUUGUUCAAAACAUGCAGCACUGAGAAAGCACCAGUCCUCCAAGUGUGACUGGGAUGUUGUAUACAUUUAUAACAGCCUUUAAAAUGUAUUGGUGAUGGGGUAAAGGUAAGCAGGCCCAGCAGGGAAAGGGGGAUCAGGGAGUCUCACGCAGCAGUUGAGGGGUGCACUAAUCCAGGACCUGUCACUCCAGGGUGCAUCCCACAGGAUUACCAGUCCUGCUGCAGGUGGGCUCGUCUCCCGUGGGGCCACAGGUGCUGCCCACGGGGUCACAGCCUCCUUGGGGCAUCUGCUGCUGUGGUGCGGGCUCCUCAGGCUCCCUGUGUCCUUUGUCUGUGCCUCUCCUGCCUGACCUGCCCUGCAGGGCUCUUCUCCUCUCCCCUCCCAGCACCUCUCACCCCAGCUGUUGUUCCCCACCUUCUGGACUCUGUUGUCCCAAAGGUGCCAGUGCCACUGGUGGGCUCAGCCUUGGCCGGGGCUCUGCCCUGGAGCCAAGGGCACUGGCCCUGCAGGACACGGAGGAAGAAGCUUCCAGCAGCUUCUCACAGAAGCUCUCCCUGCAGCCCCCCUGCCUCCCACACCUGGCCACACAAGCCCAGCAAAAUCUGGUAAAGAAGGUUUAAUAUUUGCCUAGAUUCACAGCUGUGUGAAAGCUUUGCUGCUCUCAUAAAAAGUCACUGUGUCAUUUUGACUGCAGCCACUUCGAAGUGGAAGAAAAUACACGUUGAUUUCGUUAAAGUCUGUGUUCCUAGGUUCCUGCCAAGCAUUAUCAGUAAAAUGCAGUUUGUUUGUCAGUGUGAUUAUGAAUAAUCUAUGUGACAAAUGCGGGUUAUAAGCAAUAGUGGAGUAGUUCUGUUUCAUCUUUAUUCGAUACAGUUAAAUACAAAAAUACUAAAAAUAUUAAAUAAAUUGAUAUCAUUUACACUGAUGAUCCCUUAGAAUAUCAGCUAUGAGCACCCCUUGAAUUUCCCAUGG